UUUAUCUGCACUCCCCAAAGAGAACCAGACAAAAUGAAGCAAAAGUCAGAGGGAACAAAUAAAGGAGAAGAUAAGUUAUUGAUCAUAUUUCAGGAGCUGGAGAAGAAAUUCAUCGUUCUGAUGAAAAAUGAGUUACAGAAGUUUAAGAAGUUACUUAGUCCAGAUUACCCAGCAUGUUUUGAGAGAGAGGUGGAGGAUAAGGAGGAUCAGAGUGAUGUCAGAGAUGGGAUGCUGAAGAUCACUCUGCACAUCCUGAAGAACAUGAACCAGAUUAAUCUCGCUAACAAUCUUCUUAAAAAGUUUUCGUUUGCUUCUAAAAAAUUAAGAAGGAAACUAAAGGACAAAUUUCAGAAAAUUCAUGAGGGAAUCUCAGGGCUUGGAACUACAAGCCUUCUGAAUGAGAUCUACACCGAUCUGUACAUCACAGAGGGAGAAAGUGGAGAUGUUAAUGAUGAACAUGAGGUGAGACAGAUCGAGUCAGCAUCCAGAAGAUCAGGAACACCUGAGAAACCCAUCAAAUGCAACGAUCUGUUCAAGGAGGAAUCCAUCAGAACUGUGCUGACUAAAGGAAUUGCUGGAAUUGGAAAAACCGUCUCUGUACAGAAGGUUGUUUUGGAUUGGGCUGAAGGAAAUGCAAACCAGGAUGUUUCCUUCAUGUUUCCACUUCCUUUCAGGGAGCUGAAUCUGAUGAAAGAGAAAAAGUUCAGCCUGAUGGAGCUUCUUCAUUUCUUUUUCCCACAAACAAUGAAUUUAAAACCAGAACAUUUGUAUAAUUUUAAGAUCUUGUUUAUCUUUGACGGCCUGGAUGAGUGUCGACUUCCUCUAGAUUUCCAGAACAAUGUGAUCUUGUCUGAUGUAACAGAAUCAGCCUCAGUAGAUGUGCUGCUAACAAACCUCAUCAAGGGGAACCUGCUUUCUUCUGCUCUUCUCUGGAUAACCACUCGACCAGCAGCAGCCAAUCAGAUCCCUCCUGAGUGUGUAGACCAGGUAACGGAGGUACGAGGAUUUAGUGACCCUCAGAAGGAGGAAUACUUCAGGAAGAGGAUCAGUGAUGAGAAUCUGGCCAACAGAAUCAUCACACACAUGAAGUCAUCAAGAAGUCUCUACAUCAUGUGUCACAUUCCGGUUUUCUGCUGGAUUUCAGCCUCUGUUCUAGAGAGAAUGUUGAGUGAAGCUGAGAGUUUAGAGGUGCCAAGAACUCUGACUCAAAUGUUCACCCACUUCCUGAUCUUUCAGAUUAAACACAGAAACCAAAAAUACGACAGAAAGUCUGAAAUUGAUCCAGAACGUACAAGACGAACUAUUCAGGCUCUGGGAAAACUGGCUUUCCAACAGCUGGAAAAAGGAAACCUGAUCUUUUAUGAGGAAGAUCUAAGAGAGUGUGGCAUCGAUGUGAUUGAUGUGUCAGUGUACUCAGGAGUCUGCAACCAGAUCUUCAGAGAGGAGUUUGGUCUGCACUUGGGGAAAGUCUUCAGCUUUGUUCAUCUGAGCGUUCAGGAGUUUCUUGCUGCUUUAUAUGCAUUUCUAACUUUUAUCUUGAACAACACUGAUGUGCUGCAGGAACAAACUACAGGUUUUUUCAGUUUCUUUACAAAAUCAACAAUGUCAGAUUUCCUUAAGCGUGCAGUGAACAAGGCCUUACAGAGUGAUAAUGGACACCUGGAUCUUUUCCUUCGCUUCCUUCUGGGUCUCUCACUGGAAUCCAAUCAAAAUCUCUUACGAGAACUUCUGCCACAGACAGGAAGCAGGACUCACAGAAAAGAGGAAACAGUGAGGUACAUCAAGGAGAGGAUCGAGGAGAAUCUCUCUCCAGAGAAGUCCAUCAAUCUGUUCCACUGUCUGAAUGAAAUGAAUGAUCAUUCUCUAGUGCAGGAAAUUCAAACUUACCUGAACAGAAGAGCUGAUCAUGGUCUCAGUGGAGCCAGUCUUUCUCCUGCUCAGUGGUCAGCUCUGGCGUUUGUGUUGCUGAACUCUGAUGAGGAGCUGGACGAGUUUGAUUUAAGUGAAUAUAACAGAUCAGAUGAAUGUCUUGUAAGAAUGCUGCCAGUGAUAAAAGCAUCCAGAAAAGCAACGUUGAGUUACUGUAAUCUGACAGAUGAAAGUUGUGAAGCUCUGUCCUCAGUUCUCAGUUCAGAAUCAUCCAGACUGACAGAACUGAUCCUGAAUAACAAUAACCUGCAGGAUUCAGGAGUGAAGAAGCUCUGUGCUGGACUGAGGAAUCCACACUGUAACCUGGAGAUACUGAGGUUGGGUUGGUGCAGGAUUACAGCUGCAGGUUUUACUGAUCUGGUUUCAGCUCUGAUAUUAAAUCCAUCAUCACACCUGAGAGAGCUGAACCUGAACUACAAUCAACCAGGAGAUUUAGGAAUGAAGCAAAUACAAGAUCUACUGAAGGAUCCAAACUGUAUACUGGAGAAACUAGAGUUGGAAUGGUGCUGGAUUACAGGUUCAGGUUUUACUGAUCUGGUUUCAGCUCUGAUAUUAAAUCCAUCAUCACACCUGAGAGAGCUGAACCUGAACCACAAUCAUCCAGGAGAUUCAGGAGUGAAGAAACUUCAAGAUCUACUGAAGGAUCCAAACUGUAAACUGGAGAAAUUACAGUUUUGUGACCUCUCAGAACUAAAGAAUUUGGAUUUAAGAUGGAAACACAUUGGAGAUCCAGGAGUGAAGCUGCUUUCUGAUCUACUGAAGGAUCCAAACUGUAAAGCGGAGAAACUCUGGUUGUAUAAGUGUGAUCUGACAGAUGAAAGUUGUGAAGUUCUGUCCUCAGUUCUCAGUUCAGAAUCAUCCAGACUGACAGAACUGAACCUGAAUGACAAUAACCUGCAGGAUUCAGGAGUGAAGAAGCUCUGUGCUGGACUGCAGGAUCCACACUGUAACCUGGAGAUACUGGGGUUGGAGAGCUGCAGUAUUACAGCUGCAGGUUUUACUGAUCUGGUUUCAGCUCUGAUAUUAAAUCCAUCAUCACACCUGAGAGAGCUGAACCUGAACUACAAUCAACCAGGAGAUUCAGGAGUGAAGAAACUUCAACAUCUACUGAAGGAUCCAAACUGUAAACUGGAGAAACUACAGUUGGAGAGCUGCAGGAUUACAGCUGCAGGUUUUACUGAUCUGGUUUCAGCUCUGAUAUUAAAUCCAUCAUCACACCUGAGAGAGCUGAACCUGAACCUCAAUCAACCAGGAGAUUCAGGAGUGAAGCAGCUCUGUCGUCUACUAAAGGAUUCCAACUGUAAACUGAGGAAACUAGAGUUGAUGGGCUGCUGUAUUACAGCUGCAGGUUUUACUGAUCUGGUUUCAGCUCUGAUAUUAAAUCCAUCAUCACACCUGAGAGAGCUGAACCUGAACCACAAUCAACCAGGAGAUUCAGGAGUGAAGGAACUUCAACAUCUACUGAAGCAUCCAAACUGUAAACUGGAGAAACUAGAGUUGGCUGACUGCAGGAUUACAGCUGCAGGUUUUACUGAUCUGGUUUCAGCUCUGAUAUUAAAUCCAUCAUCACACCUGAGAGAGCUGAACCUGAACUACAAUCAACCAGGAGAUUCAGGAGUGAAGAAACUUCAACAUCUACUGAAACAUCCAAACUGUAAACUGGAGAAACUACAGUUGGAAUGGUGCAGGAUUACAGCUGCAGGUUUUACUGAUCUGGUUUCAGCUCUGAUAUUAAAUCCAUCAUCACACCUGAGAGAGCUGAACCUGAACUACAAUCAACCAGGAGAUUCAGGAGUGAAGAAACUUCAAGAUCUACUGAAGGAUCCAAACUGUAAACUGGAGAAACUAGAGUUGGAGCGCUGCAGUAUUACAGCUGCAGGUUUUACUGAUCUGGUUUCAGCUCUGAUAUUAAAUCCAUCAUCACACCUGAGAGAGCUGAACCUGAACUACAAUCAACCAGGAGAUUCAGGAGUGAAGAAACUUCAACAUCUACUGAAGCAUCCAAACUGUAAACUGGAGAAACUAGAGUUGAAGUUGUGCAGCAUUACAGAUGAAGAUAAAAAACAUCUGGAUUCAGCUCUAAAAUCAAAUCCAUCAUCACAACUAAGAGAGCUGAAUCUAUGAGAAUAAAGUAAACUAAACUUCAAACUACAGCGAGUUUUACACUUCCUGUCGUGUAUGUGAGCUAGUGUGAUAGAAGUGUAUUGUUUAUUCAAUAAUAAAUAAUAAUAAUAACACACUUGCAUGUAGGACAGUAACUGGCACAAGUACAAAAAUUCAAAUAAAAGUUUAGAAAAGGAAUAAAAAGAAAUGUUUGAUUAAAAAUGAAUAAAUGAAUGAAUACACAGAAUUUUUUUUUAUUUAAGCUCAUCAUGCUGUUUAAGAAAACUCGUUUUUGUGUAGGAGGAAACUGAACUCCAUGUAGGACAGGGGUGUCCAAACUGUUCUUGUUGGGGGCUGAAUUUAGAAACAAAUGCAAUGACGGGCCACGGAUUGUGCAAUAAAGUAAAUAGAACAGUAAUAGAUCUGUUCUGUUGGUAAAAAUGACACAUCUUUUUGUGUCGGUAAAUCAACCGUUUACUGAUUAAUUAAACAUGCACACUUCCCUCUGAAAUCAUUUUUAUAAUCUGCACUCGUUUCUACCAUGAAGCUCAGGAACAUUAAUGUAGGUGUAACGUCGUUACCAGUUUAUGAGAAAAGGAGAUGUGGAGCAUUUAAGAUGUAGAAGUAGGAAUUACUUUUCUAGACCUUAGACCAGUGGGACAGCUUUCAUUUAAUUUCUAAAAUACCUUACGGGUCGUUUCUGAAAGGGUAAAGGGCCACAAAUGGCCCAGGAGUCGUAGUUUGAACACCCUUGAUGUAGGAGGAAAAGUGACUACAGUUCUAACAGUGUUUUAAAGACUUGUGGUUUUAACUGAUAUGCAAGACAGACAGUCUGUAAAAGCUGUUUCACUUUUUGAGUGAUUUUUACAUUUAUUUUUUAUUUACAAAAUAACAGAUGUUGUAUAAAUUGUCUCUGAUUUCUCACCAGUACAUGAUUUCACAUUUUUGUUUUAGAUAAAAAUGCCUGCUGCAAGUAUUUUAAUAAUUUUAUGAGCACUUGCUUUGGCCUUGUUAUGUAAUAAUUGACAAAAAUAUAUUAAUACCUUCUACUAUUUUUAUUAAAUUAUAGACAGAGAAUUUAUGUAUAAAAGAGUGGACCCAUGUACAACAAGGUGAACAAAACCCCGAAUUUGGCAACCAAUCAUGUAGCUCCAGUGACAUAAACCAGGCGAGGUGUAUAGCGCCAGCGCCCUCUGCUGUCUAAAGUGAACAUCGAUUCAUUUUACAUGUCAGAUCGAUUUGAAUCGUGGAAUUUUUUAAUCGGUUAUCAUCUGUAUUGUGGUGAAUUGUUACAGCCCUACUCCUUAUACUGGUAAAUAAUAGAAUAAAUGUCAAGAUGGGAACUAAAA